AUGUCCGGCCCAUACAACCAAGGCGGCUACGGCGGCUACCCUCAACAGCCUGCCUACGGCCAAGGCUACACCGAUCCCAAUGCCUACCCACAAAACCCUCAAUACGCCCAGCAACAAGGCGGGUACGGUGCUCAAGAAUUCGCACCUAUACAGCGACAGGACUCGUACGGUCCCCCACAACACGGCGGCUUCCAACACGGCCAAGCAGGCGGGGUAUACGGACAAUACGAUGCUAGUAACCCCCAAGGCCAUGCAGGAUACUAUGGUGGCUACCAGCAACAACAGCCACAAUAUGGUCAGCCUCAGCAGCAGCAACAGUACCCUCAACAGCAACAACAGCAAUACGGCACCCACGAUUCAUUCGCCGCAAACCAAGCAUACCAGAACCAGAUGGUCGGUCAGGGUCAGGCACCUACAGGCGCCCAGCCAGACUACCAGUUCCAGAAACAAUCUUCUGACCCAAAUGCACCGAACUACGAUCCCAAUGCUCCUCCAAUGACUGAGCAGGAUCGCGGUCUACUGGGUGCCCUCGGUGGUGGUUUCGCCGGACACAAGUUUGGUGGAAAGCAAGGUCAUGGGUUCUUGGGAACUGUUGGCGGUGCUAUUGUGGGUAGUUUUGCGGAGGACUUUUUGAAGAAAAAGAAGAGGACGGGUGGGAGCAGUCAUGGUGGUAGUCAGUGGGGCGGUGGGUCGAGGUGGUAG